CGCUGUAGGAAAUCAUUAGCUGGUAGUGUGAAUGGAUUAUUUCACUAACCCUGGGGCUCUUCCACUGACAGCAGGGCUGGCUUGUGGCCUUUUUCUUGGAUGGAGCCUACGUGGACGCUUUGGUUAUUUCAGAAGCUUUUCGACAUUGGCUACAAAUGAAGUGGGUACUGAAGCAAGUACUAUGGGAGAGACCGGCGAGUUCAAGAUGGUGUUAGUUGUCCGCAAUGAUUUGAAAAUGGGAAAAGGAAAGGUGGCUGCACAAUGCUCACAUGCUGCUGUAUCUGCUUACAAACAGCUCUUAAAGAGGAAUCCAGAACUACUUAAACAGUGGGAGUACUGUGGGCAACCAAAAGUAGUGUUGAAAGCACCAGACGAAGACUCAUUUGUUGAGCUUCUCUCCCAUGCUAAACAGCUUGGAUUAACGGUUAGCUUAAUUCAAGAUGCAGGUCGUACUCAAAUAGCUCCAGGAUCCCGGACUGUUCUUGGUGUAGGACCUGGUCCUGCUGACUUGAUUGACAAAGUGACUGGACAUUUAAAACUCUACUGAGAUAAUUACUUACAAGGAAGUAAUUUUAGCAUUAACAUCAGUCUUAACAUGCCAAUUUAGUAAACCUACCAGUAAUACUGGCAAUUUAUUUAGUAUUGUGUCUGUUUUGAUUAUAAAAACAAGCUCACUCAGUGCUGCACAACAUAUAUUACAGAAAUGGCUAAUUUACAAGAGGGGUUCAUCUGUUUUUAUAAUAUUCAUAGACAAGAUAUUGUAAAAUAUUUUCCCCUAAAUCUUUGUAUAUAAGCUGUAAUUGUUGUGUCCAUAUUGCUUGCUGACUUAAGGCAUAUUCUACUGACUCCUGUUUCUUCUAUCUGAGCAGGCUGAGCCUCACAACCUCUGUGCCAAAAUGUUAUUGAAUAUAUGGGCUAGGGUCCUUCUACCCUUUACAUAUUCAGAAGAGUGCUUAAAGGGAAAAAUAGAACUCUAAUACAAGCUUCAUCUAAUGGAAAUAUAAUCAUUCUGUAGAGUUUCUGAUAUAAUAGUCCAGUAUUACCCUCCCAGCAAUCUGUCUCGCUAAAUUCAGGAGGCUGAGCCAGAUUUUGACAGUCAAAUACAUUGCUAUGUGCACCCUUUGUCUAGACAAUGUAUGCAAACUAACUGUCUUUUAAAAUAACUGACUGACACAAAGUUGUGUUAAAAAAAAUGAUUGCUGAGAGGGAAUAAAUGUUCCAUUUUGCGAUAGUUUCCCCAUAAUAAAGCACUGGCAAAGUAAUGAAAGGGAAAAAAUAUCACCAGGGUUUCCAUUUAUUUACUGUAACACCUU